AUGACGGAAACGUCUGAAACGCAGCGGACUCAGCUGUUGCCUGGCUGGCAAAGCGCUCGCAACAUGGUGCAUGACUAUCUUGAGCGGAGCAACUUCACUGCGGCGCGAAGAAAUUCAAAGAGCAAGGAACAUUUACUUGAUACUAACUCGGGGCGACGGUCGGUUAUGAUUGAGAUGAAGGAGCGUUCUUACGGAUCCGAAAUGAAUGACCCUAUCUCAAAGAACAUGAAGAGAUUAUUAGUUGAAUCAAGUGAUCUGCGUGAAAAAGCGAAAGAACACGACGAAAAAUCUUUCCCAUUUUCGGAUGGAGAAUCUCUUCCUUCUCUGGAAAAGAUCCGUUUUGAAGACAAUAUCGUCUCUAUUAAGGAGCCCAAGAAAAAGAAAAAACGCGAAAAAAGUAGUGUCAUAAGAACAGACAGGAAAUUAAGGCAACGGAAGAAACGAAAGAAGAAGAGUAAGGAGCCAAAGUCAUCCACAAGCAAUGACUCGUUGCCCUCUCUGAAUAAGAUUCGUUUUGAUGACCACAUUGUUUCAAUCGCUGAACCUGCCCCGUCGAAACCUCCUGCUGAGAAGAAGGAAAAGAAGACGAAAGACGGUAGCGGAUCUCCAGACGUCAAAACCGCGGAGUCAUUUUCGAUAGGAGAUUCGGAUGAACUUAUAUUAACCAACUCAUCGACUCAGAGAGAGAAACAUGAGAAAGCACCUUUAAAACAAGGAAAGGUUCCGGAAAAGCUUGAAGCUGCAGCAAUAGGUAGAAGUGAUGAAAAGAAUGCCGAAGGUACCGCUUCAACAUUCAAAAAAAGUCUCUCCAGUGAACCAAACAUACGCAUUGCUGGUCGGCUAUAUAGCAAAGAAGAAGCUGAGGGAAUUUUACGCAGAGUCAGCCUAAUGAAAACUGAGAAAAGUGAUAACUCGCAUCGGUACAGUAAUUUCAACCGUAUUGAUAGUUGCCGCACAUCCAAGGCUGCAUCGCCGAUUUCAAGAAACAUCUCAAAUGUGGUCAAAUCACCAUCCAUCGACUCAACUAGACCUAACAAAGUUACUUUACCGAAACCAACAUUAGGAGCAAGUACAAACUAUCAUAAAAUUGACAGUUGUAGAACUUCACGAGCGUCAUCUCCACAGGGAGUUUCUAAUGAACCCAAACAAAAGAUACUGGUUGGCAAUCGUUUCAUGACCAUUGAUGAAGCGGAAAAGAUGCUUCAAAGGAUACUGAAAGCAAAUGCUGAUAAAGCGACAAGGAGUGCACUACGCGCUGACGCCGGAAUAGACGAUAAAGGGCCAGUGACUGUGCAGAGAAUGUCCAAAGAAAGGACACUCAGAAGCGCAGAGAAUGCAUCAGUGCCAGUCUACAGAGUAAAAGCGGACAACAGAUUGCUUUUAGUACCCAUUGUUGAAAAUCAGAACACUACUAAUGAUGCAGAUUGCAAUUUCACUCAUUUGACGGCUGUUCUAGACCGUGACCACGAAUUUAAGGCUAUAGCAUUAUCAUUUGUUUUUGGAAUGAUUGUAUUUGCGAUACUUGGCUUGAUAUUGUCGAAACUGUACAGGACACCGAUUGCAUCAUUCCGAAACGGGAAUCCACCUCCUUAA